GCAGUUUGAAAGUAAAACCUAGCCACACCGUCAACCUACCUUACUUAAGAUAAAUAGCGUUUAUACUGACAUAAAUUUACAUUCGCCUUACAAACACUGCAAGUUUUAAUCGAGAAGGAUCGAUAUUUAAACAGCAACCCUUGUCAUGAGUAAAUCGGGUGUUUACCUGGUGUCCAGCACACCAGUGGAUGCAGACAGGGGAACCAAGCCAGGGUACGACAGCACAUCAGUAGAUGCACACAAGAGAAACCAUCAAGUUUACGACAACUCGGUAUUCACGAAUAGCGAAGAAAAGGUCACCUAUAGUGAGGCCAAUGGCAGCGUACUUGAGUUUGAGAAGGUCAGGCCGAGCAAACCGUACCGAGGAAUGGGCAAGGAAGACCUGCUGUACUUCUCCUCACAGCCAUUUUGGAGGCGACUGCGCAUGAUCUGUGUAGCGAUCGUUCUGAUUGGCUGGGUGGCUCUGAUAAUCACCGUAGCGGCCCUGGUGCUAGCGUAUCCAAGGUGCCGCGAGGCGCCGUCUAGGUCAUGGUGGCAAGCGGAAGCAGUAUAUCGAGUCUAUGUGCCAAGCUUUAAAGACAGCAAUGGUGAUGGUAUCGGAGACUUAAAAGGUAUCGAAUCCAAGCUGGACUAUAUCAAGGACCAAGGCUUCGGUGUGAUCUCGUUGAGCCCCAUCUACGCGACAGCCAAUACUGAGUCGAACCCAACCAUCAACGCGUUUCGCGCCGGAAACGACCUAGCCGUCACGGACCACAAGGCGGUAGGCGGCGUCUACGGAACUCUGGGUGACAUUGACUCUCUUGUGGCCGCCGUCCACGACAGGGGGAUGUACCUGGUACUAGACUUCAUCCCGGGAGUCACGGGCACGACGCAUGCGUGGUUCAGUGAGUCGCGAAAUAACGGCAGCGAGAGAAGGAACUUCUACGUAUGGGCCGGCAAGGCAAGCGACGCUGACCCACCUAAUAACUGGAAAAGCCAUUUUGGUAUACCAGCGUGGACGAAGGAUUCUACCAGACAACAGUUUUACCUACACCAGUUCGCAUCGGAUACGCCUGAUCUGAACUUGCGCAGUGCCGCGGUGCGGGAAGAAUUGGAGGACAUACUGACAUUCUGGCUAGACAGAGAUAUAGACGGGUUCAACAUUCGAGACCCUGGCUUCAUUUUUGAAGACUUCGAUCUUAGGAACAACACCGUCAAACCAGGCAUCACAUCACCGGGGAAUGCCUAUACCGACUACGAUCCGAUUCAUACUAGCGGUCAACCGGAAGUGUACGGACUGCUGGAGGAAUGGAGGAUGACGCUGCGAGCCCACAAUAAGACCGCAACUGAGAAGGUACUGUUGACCAAUGUUGAUGGCGCAUUGGACAUCUCUCGUAUCUACAGCUUCUGUGACCGCUCAGGAGUUCAGAUGCCUCUCAAUACUGGGUUUCUGACAACAACAAGCUGCAAUGGCGCAUGCGUCACGAAACUGGUCUCUGAUUGGAUGGGAAAGACUCCUAGCGGAAAAUGGGCAACUUGGAUGUCAGGGGGUGACAAUUACGACAGGAUAUUCACUACGUUCAACGCAAGUUACGUGGAGGCUUUCAUGACGUUAUCCUUCCUGCUACCAGGGACGCCGGUACUUUAUUACGGGGACGAAAUAGGUGCGCAGAAUAUCGGAAGUGGCAGCGCAAUGACCGCUGCCCGGAACGGCACCUCUCGGGGAAUCAUGACGUGGAACGCGAAUUCAACUCAGGAUGGAUUCUGCGACAAUUGUACAAACAUUUGGACCUCUGUCAUGUCGAGGGCUGAACAACAGCGUGGACCGACUUCGGACUAUAUUAAAGAGCUUGUCACACUGAGACGGAAAGUCUCGUUCAAGUCCGGAGAAUACUCACGAGCGCUCGUGGACGAUGACGUGUUCUCGUUCGUGCGAGAAGUCGACGGCGAACCGGGAUAUCUUGUUGCUAUUAAUUUCGGACCAAACAAAGUGUCACGUGACUUCAUUGGGUCACAUGACACAAUUUCGCCAGAGGGUGUUAUUGCGAUGACAAGGGGCACCGCCUACAGUGUUGAUGACAAGGUGAACCCAGCCAAGCUUGAAAUCGAAGCAUAUGGGGCCGUUGUCGUUUCCUGGGAUUAUGUUGCUAAGGAACUCUGACCGGAAAUGGCCUUGAGGAUUUAUAUCAGGACCUGUAUUCACCAGCCAUUUUUAGACUUAGUCUUAAAACAAAGAAUAUAUUUAAAUCUGUACUGUUUAGCGAGUAUUUGUCAGACAGCAGUGUUAACCGGACGUUUUUCUUAUUGAACGUGUUUUGUAACGCUUAAACAUAAUUGGCUUCGCCACAUAUUUACAGAUGCUUGUUUCCUUGAAGUUAACAGCAACAAUUCGUUAAAAGAAAAGUGUUGUUUUUUUUCAUUUAACAAUAUAAAUUAACAGUUUGAACUUUCUCCCUUGAACAAAGAUAUUCUUAUUUGAACUGUUUGUAUUGAUAUUGAAAAUGAAUUAUAUCUCUAUUUACACACAAAGAAAACGACAAAUAACAUCAUCAAUUUAAUGUUUUACGUUAUUUUUACCGCUCUUUAUCCAUUCACUUUAAUUAUAUAAAUGUCCGGAAAAUAAUCCUGUACAGUCGAAAAUUACCUCAUGUUAAUGACCCCCAUAUACGGCCUUCGUACAUAUACACGCGCAUCUAAACAAUUGUUUACAUGCGCUUACGAUGAGCCCAGGAUGUAUCAGUAAUUUUUUCAUGCGAUAUUCCUUAUUAUUAAGAGAGUAUUAUCAAGAAACUCGCUGACCAGUAAUGUGCUUAACCCAUUUAUGCCUAGCGUCUAGAAAAAAGGCCUUGGCAAACAGCGUAUACCCAGAUGAGACGCCGCAUGAUGCGGCGUCUCAUCUGGGUCUGCGCUGUUUGCUUAAAUGAAUUUCUGUAAGAAAUAUUCUAAAUAUACAAAUAAAUAUACUAGACAUCCCUAAUUUUGGAAAUAAAUUGAUCCAAUUUUGAAGGAUGGGAGAGUCCACUUGGCGUAAAUGGGUAAAGCUACUUAAAAGUCAAGCCUUGUAUGGCAGUUGACAUCAAUAAUUAUAAGAUUAGUCGUACCAUAUCUUUGUAGACCUUUUGUCAAUAUUGCUUUAAUAUAUAUUUUUAAAAUGCAAAUUUUGCCGACCAAUUUAAUAUAUGUUUAACUGACGUAUAAUAUUGAAAUACAAUGAGAGAUAAAUGUAUACCUUUAAACAGAAUUGACCUUUAAAAGAAAAAAAGUG